AGUGCGUCUGUGCCAGAUAACAGACGAUCUUAAUCAUUCCGACAUCUUUUGACGCUAUCAGAUUUUGCUUUGGUUGCGCUCGUGCAGCAACUGUUUGAUAGUCCAGUGUCCCACCGCAAGUACUGCCCGACAGUAGCGUUAUCGAUGCUGCGGAAAUCUUGGAAGAGAGCAGGAAAACCGCAGAGUACAUUGCUGCAUACCUGAGUAUUUAAUGACAGGAUGCAAAGGGUCAGCUGUCCAACUAAUGGGAUUUUUAUGCUGCGUGUUGACCUUAUUAAUAUUUUAUGCGUAGGGGUUUGGAGACUCUACUGACCUGCAACUUUUAUGUGGUGUUUUCAUGAACUAGUCAGGAGAGCCCUUAGCUCUAACUGUGAGCUCUACUAAGGGAUUUCUGAGAUAAGCUUUUAUACUUUGGUAAAAUGCGGGCGUUUACUAUUCUUAAAGCUAAGAUCUUAGAAAAAUGUAGUAUAAAUUCAUAACGAAACUGUGUAUUGGUAUUUAGUGCAGGUAUGGGCCAGGAGGAAGAUGGUGUCUUUUAUUACGUGUUAGGCUUAAAUUGUAGCUACUUCCUCCAAAUGCAGUAUUCUGCUAGAGGUGUCUUCAAAAUGCCACUCUGUUUUAGGAUUUAAGGGGGGGGGGAAAGUAUUUAAAAUGCAAUCGUCUUGUUCUGUCUUUUGUUCUUCUGUUGAGAGCUUGGAAGUGUAAAGUUUCCCUUCCUAAAUCAGAUGGAAAUAUGUAUUAUGUGAAUAAGUAUCAACGUAAAUGGCAGUCAGGUGUAAUCUGGUCGUUGCUGAAGAUGCUCGACGUUUGCUGUCCCGUGUGCUGAGGAUAUACGUUGCUGUUUCAUGGAAUAUGAAAGUCUUUGAUGCCACAAACACAACUCGAGAGCGCAGAGAAACUAUUUACAAAUUUGGCGAAGAAAAUGGGUAUAAGACUUUUUUUGUUGAGUCAGUGUGUGUGGAUCCAGAGGUCAUAGCUGCAAACAUUGUGCAAGUGAAACUGGGUAGCCCGGACUAUGUUGAUUGUAGUAAUGAUGAAGCAACAGAAGAUUUCAUGAAGAGAAUAGAGUGCUACAAGAACUCCUAUGAGACUCUAGAUGAAAACCUUGACAAGGAUCUUUCCUAUAUUAAAAUUAUGGACGUUGGAAGGAGUUACCUUGUGAACAGAGUCAUGGAUCACAUCCAGAGCCGGAUUGUCUACUACCUCAUGAAUAUCCACGUGACUCCUCGGUCAAUCUACCUCUGUCGACACGGAGAAAGCGAGCUCAAUCUGAAAGGGAGAAUAGGAGGAGAUCCUGGGCUGUCCGUCAGGGGGAAAGAAUUUGCCAAAAGCUUGGCGCAGUUUAUUAAUGAGCAAAAUAUCAAAGAUCUGAAGGUUUGGACCAGUCAGAUGAAAAGGACGAUUCAGACUGCCGAAGCCUUGGGAGUGCCUUAUGAGCAGUGGAAGGUUUUGAACGAGAUAGAUGCAGGAGUGUGUGAAGAAAUGACAUAUGAAGAAAUACAGGAAAAUUACCCGCUCGAGUUUGCACUGAGAGACCAAGACAAAUACAGAUACAGAUACCCUAAGGGAGAGUCCUAUGAAGACCUUGUCCAGAGGCUGGAGCCAGUCAUUAUGGAGCUGGAAAGGCAGGAGAACGUGCUUGUCAUAUGUCACCAAGCUGUCAUGCGCUGUUUGCUUGCGUAUUUUCUCGACAAGCCUGCAGAACAACUGCCUUACCUCAAGUGCCCGCUGCAUACUGUCUUAAAGCUAACCCCCGUGGCUUAUGGAUGUAAAGUGGAAUCCAUAUUCCUGAAUGUGGAAGCUGUAAACACGCACAGAGACAAACCCGAGAACGUAGGCGUGGAUCGGUCCAGGGAAGAAGCGUUGCGGACGGUACCGAACCACCUAUAGCUCCCGCUCCCGGCGGCGGCGACCCUUCCCCACCGCAAGAGCGCUAGGGAACGGCUCAGGGCCGCGGGAGCGGAGGAGGCGGCGCCGAAAGUCAACGGAGCUGGGAGCAAGGCGCCUCCCCCUCGCUUUGAGACGUUUUGAAUGUGAUUCUGCUUCUUCGGAGAGAACCCGUCGUUCUGGAUAACUCGCCGGGCCGAAAGGUAUCAGUAAGGACUAAAAAGAUUUCUGGGAAACGGAGUGUAGCCGGUUUUAAAUUUUCGUGUAUAAAUCUGUAGAGUUUCCGUGGUUUUUAGUGUUCAUCUGUGGAUGCUGCAAAGUGGUUAAUUACCCAUGUCAAUUUUACUGUCAGGUUUUAACUAGCCUUUACUUUCUACGUGUUUUUCCAAGAGUCCUUUUAUUUUUACUGUGAACGAUUGCCUAGAAUUAGAUGGAGGGCUUUUUUGAUGGCGUAUUUAAUAUAUGUGAAAUUCUGCGUUUUGGGCAUUGGAAGCUCCAUGUUGUAAAACUACUUUGGGUUGGAAAGCGUGGUCAGCUGUGUUAUCGUCUGGGUUUUGAGCUGAGCUUAGGUUUGCCAACCGAAACGUAAAUGUUUUGGAAAAGGGGAGACUUUCCCCUCUGUCACAACCGUGCAACCAUUAGAACUAGAUUUCCCUUCCGGAAGCUUUUGCCGUUUCAGCAAGGUUUUAAAUGUUUUCCGGACGCUGUAUUUCGGACCACAGCGGAGGGACAGUAUUAAAUAAUCCCCGGGGGGACACGGGAGUAAGUAUCGACAGCAUAUAUAAUAAAUCUCAAGAGAGCGCAGUGUCCGUUCUGCUGCUGUUGCAGCGCAGGAUGAACGGCUUUUCUGAGAGCUGGAGGGAAAGGACUCAGCCUGCCGAAGGCUAGAGAUGCUGCUCGUCUCCAAGCGCUGUGAUUUUUAGGUGAUUUUUUGGAAUGAAUUCCAACAUAAACUGUAUACUUUUCCUUAUAGCCACGUUUAGUGCAUACGUAAGGAAAGAGUCGAGAAAGGUUUAGUGGAGUUUAACCCUUCUAACGACUCGUGCCCGAAAAAAACAGAGUGAAUUCUGAAAUUUGUUUUUUUUUUUAACAUGGUACACCCACCUUUUUCUUUUCGUUUGUUGGUUUUUAAAAGCCAACGUCCCCCACUGCCCUUCCUUGCUGCCCUUUUAUACUUCUCUGAGAAACUCCAGCGCUAAAAGUGGAGUUUGCUGCGUCUGUCGAGGCCGAUCCCGUGCUAAGUCGACGUAUAUUGUGUACGCGCGUUCCUGGACAACCGCGGCAAGCUGGCAGCACGGUGCCUGGUCUUCGUUCUUGAAACGGGGAGAACUACCAUUGGCAUGUGUGUUUUGGGGGUUUUUUUUAGUUGACUUUCCAAUUAAUUGAACUUUCGCCCCAUGUGCUGUUGAUUUAUUUGCUCAGUUGCCCCUUUGCGGGCAAGGGCUAAACGUGUUUUGUCUGUGCAGGGUUUGUGAAAUAACGUGCUGCUGCUGUGAUUUGUUUUAGUAAGCUGAUCUCGGCAAUAGAUUCGGCUCCGGAAGGAAGCCGUAUAGCUAGGCUCCGUUUCGGAAGAGGAAAGCGUAGCAUGCUAAAUGACCAGAAACACUCGCCUCAAGCUCUGCCGUCUAAAGCUUUCUGUACGUGAUCCGUGCGUUCAGUCCGGUGUGUGUGAGACCUUUAUUAAUUUAGCAGUGCUCGUAGCCGCUGUCCGAAGAGCGGGACCACGCGGCGCCGCUCGCAGCCCCGAAGUUCUUGAUGCCCAGCAACCGAGGCCGCAGAAGCCUUGCCACCACGUUGGGGGCAAAAACGUGCAAAUAGUUUCCCUCCGCCUCGGAUUUCACGUGCGUUUCCCAUGGGAGAGCGUAGCUCUGUUUUUGGGGCCGGCAGGAAUAGCUUGAGGUGCGUCUCCCCCCUCUCCCCUCCUCUGUUUUACCUCUCCUGACUUUUCAGAGGUGCUGUACAAUUCUUUAAGGCUAAAUGUUUUAUGUAUAGUAGGGAUUUUUAUAGGCUGCUUUUGAAUAUACUGUGACGAGUGUUUUACUAAGUGGACGUUCGGUAAAAAGACUUGUACACAAGUGUAAAUAAACUGUAUGUUGAUACUUGAAGAGGAAAAAAAAAAUGAAGUUGCCUGUUCUACUUCAGGAGCUAAAUCGUUGGCUGCAUCUGAUCCUUUCUAGCCGGUGAAAGCAAACGUCGGCGGACCAAGAAUGUAAUUUUUAAGCGGGCGAGCGGUCGGUUCGGCCCGACGCCUCGCUGCCUUUGCGGGGACACGCUGUGUGAACUGCGUCUUAUCUUCGCGGUCUAAAAGCCGCCUCCGUCCUCCCCCGCGCGAUGCUAAGGGACCUGGCGUGGACGGGGGAGGUGGAAGCCUAUUCCUGGCCUUGAGCGUUUUACCCGCUUUUAUUUCACUAUGCUCUGACUGUUGAUGCACUCGCUGGCUCAGAUGCAGUCUUCUGAUGGGAUUAAACUCUCUUUUCUUACAUAGCUGGCCUUCAUCUUAAUCUUUUAGGCAAAUGUAACCCUGUGACCUUUGAUCCAAGUAAUAAAGAUCAAAUGCUAGAA